ACUUCAGUGAAUGAGGAGCAGUCUGCCAGGAAAUAUCCAAGUAUCACGGAAAGAGGCUUCUAUUCAGACAUCCUUGCUUCAGGGGCAUUAACUAUUCUAGGGAAUGUUCAGGAAGGCCCCAAAGUAAUACAGCACUUGCUAAAUCAGUCAGGCCAGGAACAUUAUACUCCUGAAGUAUCUGCUUUCCGUGGGCCUGAGGACAUUGUGACACAUCUGCAAUCGCAAGUGUACGGAUCUGAUACAGAACUUCAUACAAGAACAGAUUUUACACUCAGAUCCUUUCAGCCAAAAGUGCAAAUUCCAUUUCAAGUGGCUCCUGGACAACGACCUCGCAAACUUGAGAUUGAAAGGCGAAGACGGCAAUAUCAGAGUCAGAAUCUUAAACAGCUACUGAAGCUUGAAGGAAUUAAUUCAGACAAGUUGAUACCACGUCACUCUGGACCAGAAAAGAAUCGUGCCAAGAGUGGAAAGAAUCCAGCACAAUUCACUGUUUACCUUCCAUUAGAGGUAUUUGAUGAUGAAGAAUUUGAAAGUCGGACACCAGAUGAAUGGUUAGAACUUGGCUAUGAGGAAGGAUCUAAUGAUAGGAAACCCAUCCCAGGGUACGCACUUCUACCCAAAGAUGACAAGUUGGGACAUGAUGAUCUCAAAAGUGAUUCACUUGGCUACAAGUGGUUUGUUGGAGUUUUGGACUACGACAAGGAAAAGAAAUUAUAUCUUUGCAGAAAGCAAAUAGUUUAUGGUUUAAUUCGAGAUGAAAAAAACAGAAUGGUAUUGAAUGGUGGCAUUACUGAAACUGGUAGAUUGGAGUUGCCCAAUCAGUUUUGGAUACCACGGGUCCAGCUGAUGUUUAGUGCAGAAGAUCCUGUUGUCUUUUCAAAGCGAGUAGCACAAGCCCAUUUCCUACGCCAGAAGACAGAAGCGAUGCUGCUCUACAAUCUGUACAUUGACUGCAUGCCGGUUGAUGGGCUUCGGUUUCUAGACAAAAACAGUCUUAAAAACAUGAAGAAAUGGGCUUUCAGCACUCCUGGCUUCCGAGACAAAUCUGCGUUGCCAAACUAUUUUAAAAAAAUAGAACAGGAAGUUCAUCUGGAUUAUAAUCGCACCAUGAAUAAAAUUACUUUUGACAACAUUGUGUUGUCUGACCCCAAACAUUUUUCUUACGUCACUCUCCCAGAUAAAAAGGAAAUUAAAGUGCCAAGCAAAGGGCUCGUACAACUCGCAGAUUAUUCAUUUCAUCAAAAGAAAAAGGCAUUUUUCUUUAACACUUUGUUGAUGAAGCCAGAAGUGAUAGUUGCCUUGUGUAAAGUUCGUGCUGAAUGCAACAAAGUGGCAGCCAUGUCUCUUUUUUUUGUAACUUUCAUAAAAAGUGUUCGAUUAGAAGAAUUUGAACAGAUUCAGUCGCAGGCACAUGCACAGAUACAGCUAUUUCUUAGUGAUAGUUGGAUCAACACAUUGAAGAAAGUAUUACGUAGCAGCCUAUGGGAUGUUCGGAAAGGUUGGUUUAACUUACGCGAGUCUAACUGGGAGGUUUAUCGCAAGUCUAAGCUGCACAUGAUGAUGGAAAUGAUCCGGUAUAACCUGCAGGACUCCCUCAGAUACCUUGUGCAAGAUUCUCUUGUUAACUACACUCAAAUGAUCCUUGAUGGCUGCUACAGUUCCCUCAAUUGCUCCGUGGAUAUGAAAUGGGGUGAAGACUUCAUUAACAGCAAUUUCAAGCCCAGGAAAAUGCCUAUUUUUGUCCUGGACCUUAGUCUGGAUAAGGGCAAGGUGCUCUUCAGCACACAGUUGGAAAGAUUUAAAGCUGUUACACUGACUCUGUUUGAUAAAGCCAUCACAGCCACACAACAUGUUCCUCAUAUAGAAAAGUUUGUCCUGGAGGAGAUGUUUCAAAGUGGAACACCAUUACUGGAGUCUGUAUGGCACAAUGAGCCACCUGUUCAAGAAUUACGUAAUACAAUAAAAAAUGCCAGAAAAGCACUGAUACCCCUGAAAAGCUAUGCCAAGGAAUACGAGAAAUUCAUUGAAAUCAGUGAGUUGGAUAUUGAAAAAUAUGUCAGCACAUUUGAGAGUCAGGAUCCAACGGUUCAAGAGGUAAAACAUGAAGUGGAAAUGCACUGAAGAAGAAAAAAGCACAUAGAAAGCUCAAUUCCUAGUAAUAUUAUUAUCGGGCCCUUUAUUGUCAACGUGGAAACAUUACGAGCGAACCUUGCAAGAAAUGCAAUGGCUUGGCUCAAGCUGUAUUAAAAAUGUUUUGCCAAAAAACUUCACAAGCAAGUGGAAAACAUCAAUGAUGAUUUCAAAAUGAUCAACAGAAAAUUAUUUGAGAAGGCUAACACUAUUGAAGAAUUGACAGAUCACCGAGAAUGGAUGAAAAAAAUUCCCGAAAUGCUGAAAACAAAUGAGGAAAUAACAAACAAAAUCAUGGCUGAAUAUGAUAUUUUUGAUGAAUUCCUGUACAAUCUAACUGAUGAUGAUUUUGAAGCUAAAUGGGCUUCAAUUUCUGCGCCUCACAUGAUCAAUACACGGGUGGAGGUAAUAAAAGCUCAACACAUGGAGGAGGAAGAACAUUUCCGAAAAAUCCAGACAUCAGACCAAAGUGCUUUGCAGGAGAAGCUCGAAGGAUUGCAGAUUGUUGUAGCUGGAUUUUCUACUUAUACUGACAUGAGCCGUGCACAUGAAACUGCCAAUGAAGUCAGACGAAUCCACAAACAGUUAGUGGAAUCACAGAAUCAAGCACAGCUCUAUAACAGCAGAGAACGCCUCUUCGAGAUGCCAGUCACCAAUUAUGACAGACUUCACAAGAUGGCCAAGGAAUUCCAACCGUAUCGGGAUCUAUGGACAACUACAUCAGACUGGUUACGUUGGUAUGACAGUUGGAUGAAUGAUCCAUUGAAUACCAUUGACGCAGAACAAAUAGAACGGAAUGUAAUUGAUGCCUACAAGACUGUGCAUCGGUGCAGCAAGUACUUCAAAGACAUUCCAGGUCUUUCAGAAGUUGCACUGAAAAUCCGAUCAAUGAUUGAGGAAUUUAAGCCGUAUAUACCCCUGAUUCAAGCACUGCGAAAUCCUGGUAUGCGAAACAGACACUGGGAAACGCUAUCAGAGCAGAUCCAAAUACCAAUCAAGCCUAAGGCUAAUUUGACAUUUGCACGAUGUUUGGACAUGAAUCUUCAAGACCAUGUAGAGGCCAUUGCCAAGGUAGCAGAAGUAGCUGGAAAGGAAUAUGCCAUUGAACAGGCCCUGGAUAAGAUGGAGGCUGAAUGGGAAAAUAUCUUGUUCGAUGUAAUGCCAUACAAAGAAACAGGAACAUAUAUCUUGAAAAGUCCAGAUGAAGCUUCUCAGUUACUGGAUGAUCAUAUUGUCAUGACACAAAGCAUGUCUUUCUCGCCUUAUAAGAAGGAAUAUGAAGCAAGGAUCAACAGUUGGGAAAGCAAACUACGGAUGACUCAGGAUGUCCUGGAAGAAUGGCUGCAGUGUCAGAGAUCUUGGAUUUACCUGGAACCUAUCUUCAGCUCUGAUGAUAUUAACAGACAGCUGCCGGUGGAAAGUAAACGAUAUCAUACUAUGGAACGGCUAUGGAUAAAUAUAAUGAAAAAUGCAAAUGAAAAUAGACAGAUAAUUGAAUUAUGCCCUGAUGGAAGGCUGCUGGAGAACUUGCGUGAAUGUAACAAACAACUUGACCUUGUGCAGAAAGGUCUCAGUGAAUAUCUGGAGACAAAGAGAGGCUCUUUCCCAAGAUUCUACUUUCUAUCAGAUGAUGAAUUGCUCGAGAUCUUGUCUCAAACUAAAGAUCCUACUGCUGUUCAGCCUCAUUUGCGCAAGUGUUUUGAGAACAUUGCUCAUUUACAUUUCCAAGAGGACCUACACAUCACACAUAUGUACUCAGCAGAAGGAGAGGAGAUUAAACUCUUCAAAGACAUCUAUCCCACAGGAAAUGUGGAAGACUGGCUGGUGGAGGUAGAAAAAAUAAUGAAGGCAAGUGUGAAAGAUAACAUCCAGAGAUCAUUGAAAACCUAUCCAGAGACUCUUCGUACAGAGUGGGUUCUGAUCUGGCCUGGCCAGGUUGUUAUUGCAGGCUGCCAAACCUUUUGGACCAUGGAGGUAUCUGAAGCAUUACAGAAUGGAGAUCUAGAGAGCAGACUCUUCCCGAAGCUGGGGAGUCAGCUGAAUGAUUUGGUGACUCUUGUGCGAGGGAAAUUGACAAGGAUGCAAAGAACAAUUCUAUCAGCAUUGAUUGUGAUUGAAGUCCAUGCCAAGGAUGUAGUGGCUAAUCUGCUGGAGGAAAAUGUUCAAAGUGAGAAUGACUUUGAGUGGAUCAGCCAGCUCAGGUACUAUUGGGCACGAGAUGAUCUUCGUGUAUGUGCAGUAAAUGCUGAAUUUCUCUAUGGUUAUGAAUACCUGGGAAACACUGGUCGUUUGGUCAUCACCCCACUCACAGACAGAUGCUACCUCACGUUAACUGGUGCUCUUCACCUUAAGUUUGGUGGAGCACCAGCUGGACCUGCUGGCACAGGGAAAACAGAAACUACAAAAGAUUUGGGUAAAGCCCUUGCAAUACAGACUGUGGUUUUCAACUGCUCUGACCAACUUGACUUCUUAGCAAUGGGCAAAUUUUUUAAAGGUUUGGCCAGCUCUGGAGCCUGGGCUUGUUUUGAUGAGUUUAAUCGAAUUGAUAUUGAAGUUUUGUCUGUGGUGGCACAACAGAUCACAACCAUUCAGAAAGCGCAGCAACAACGGGUUGAACGUUUCAUGUUUGAAGGAAUAGAGAUUCCACUGAUACCAUCUUGUGCUGUCUUCAUUACCAUGAACCCUGGCUAUGCUGGUCGUACAGAGUUACCCGACAAUCUUAAGGCUUUGUUCAGGCCUGUGGCCAUGAUGGUUCCUGACUAUGCCAUGAUCGCUGAGAUUUCUCUGUAUUCCUUUGGGUUCAGCAAUGCUAAAGUUCUUGCAAAGAAAAUCACCACAACUUUCAAACUAUCCAGCGAACAACUCAGCUCACAGGAUCAUUAUGACUUUGGAAUGAGAGCUGUAAAAACUGUGAUCUCUGCAGCAGGGAACCUGAAGAGAGAAAAUCCUGACAUGGAUGAGGAACUGAUAUGUCUGAGAGCAAUCCGUGAUGUGAAUGUGCCCAAGUUCCUGCAGGAUGAUCUCAAGCUCUUCAAUGGUAUUGUGUCAGAUCUUUUCCCCAAGAUUAAGGAAGAACCUGUUGACUACGGCAUUCUGGAGGCAUCCAUUCGCAAAACAUGUACCAAGAAAAAUCUGAAAGAUGUUAAUGGCUUUGUGACCAAGUGCAUUCAGUUAUAUGAAACCACAGUUGUCCGGCAUGGACUGAUGUUAGUUGGUCCUUCAGGAUCUGGAAAGACAAAGUGUUAUGAAGUCUUAGCAGAAGCACUGACAGCUUUAAAGGGGAAAAAUGUCAGUCAGCAGCGAAAAGUAACGAAAAAGUCUCCGUAUUUAUUCUCAACCCCAAAUCUAUCACACAUGGGUCAGCUGUAUGGGGAAUUUGAUCUUUUAACUCAUGAGUGGACGGAUGGCAUUUUAUCAUCAUUAAUUCGUGUUGGAGCAGCAGCCACUGACCAAGUGAAAAAAUGGUACAUGUUUGAUGGGCCAGUGGAUGCUGUAUGGAUUGAAAACAUGAACACUGUCCUGGAUGAUAACAAAAAGCUAUGCCUCAGCUCUGGAGAAAUAAUCAAACUCACUGAGGUGAUGACAAUGAUGUUUGAGGUGCAGGACCUGGCGGUGGCCUCUCCUGCCACUGUCUCUCGCUGUGGAAUGGUCUACCUGGAGCCCAGCAUUUUAGGACUUAAACCGUUUAUUGAAUGCUGGCUGAGGAAGGUUCCCUCAGCCAUAGAACCCUACAAAAUGAAACUGGAGUUUCUCUUUAAUCACUUCCUGGAGGAGUCAAUUUUUCUUGUGAGGAAAUCGAUGAAAGAGGUGAUCGCCUCGAUGGAUAGUAAUCUUACCUUCAGCCUCCUGAAAUUGAUGGAUUGCUUCUUCAAUCCUUUGGUGCCAAAAGAGGGUGACAGAGGUCUUCCGAUUGAAAAGCAGAAGUUAUUGGAUGACUUAAUCGAACCCUGGUUUAUUUUUUCCUUGAUUUGGAGUGUUGGUUGUACUGGUGAUGCUGAGAGUUAUACUAUUUUCAGCAACUGGUUGAGACAGAAGAUGGUGGAAGAGAAGAUAGCUUUGUGUUUCCCUGAUGAUGGGCUGGUGUAUGACUAUCAGCUGGAUGAUGCUGGAUUUAGCAGUACAAGUCCUGAGGAGGAGGACAUUGAGAAAAGGGUGCAGUGGGUCCAUUGGAUAACUUCCGCAUCAGAAGUAGAAAUUACACCAGAAACCAAUUACUCUGACAUUAUCAUUCCAACCCAGGACACCAUACGCAUGUCACAUUUGUUGUCGAUGCUUCUAACCAACAAGAAACCAGUGCUAUGUAUUGGACCAACAGGAACUGGAAAGACCAUCGUCAUCUCUGACAAGCUUCUUAAAAAGAUACAUCCCGAUUACAUUUCCCAUUUUAUGAUAUUUUCAGCUCGUACAUCUGCUAAUCAAACACAGGAUUUUAUUGACAGUAAACUUGAUAAGAGGCGCAAAGGUGUGUAUGGACCUCCUCUUGGAAAGUAUUUUAUAUUUUUCAUUGAUGACCUGAAUAUGCCAGCUCUCGAGACAUAUGGAGCCCAGCCUCCCAUUGAAAUCUUGCGGCAAUGGAUGGAUCAUAAAGGCUGGUAUGACAGGAAACAGAUAGGAAAGUUUAAGGAACUAAUGGAUAUCAACUUUGUGUGUGCCAUGGGACCACCGGGUGGAGGAAGAAACCCAAUUACUGCACGAUUCUCCCGUCAUUUCAAUUAUCUGUCCUUUGUUGAAAUGAAUGACAGCAGCAAACUGAAGAUAUUUUCUACAAUCUUGGAUAGUUGGUUGGGAAAUGCUGAAGGGAUCAAAAAUCUGAACGAGCCACUUGUUACAGCAACAAUUGAAGUAUACUCCACUAUAAUGUCCCAGUUGCUCCCAACCCCUGCCAAGUCGCAUUACACUUUCAAUCUACGUGAUUUGUCCAAGGUCUUCCAGGGCAUCCUCAUGGCUGAGUCAUAUAAUACUCAGAGUAAAGUUCUGUUGCUGAGACUGUGGUAUCACGAAAGUUGCCGUGUGUUCAAAGACCGGCUGGUGAAUGAUGCUGACUGCAGCUGGUUUGAAAACCUGAUGCACAACAAGCUUUUGGAUUUGGGCACAAACUUUGAAGAGAUUGCUCCACAUACGCCUGUGCUCUAUGGGGACUUCAUGGCUAUUGGAACAGAUAACAAGAUCUAUGAAUUUAUUGCUGACCAUGAAAAGAUGCUGAAUGUUAUUGAAGAGUACAUGGAUGAUUUCAAUCAGACUAGCACAAACAAGUUGAAGCUCAUUCUUUUCAUGGAUGCCAUCCAACAUGUCUGCAGAAUUACCAGGAUUUUGCGGCAGCCAAUGGGCAAUGCCUUGUUACUGGGGGUUGGGGGCAGUGGAAGACAGUCCCUUACCAAAUUAGCAUCCCAUAUGGCUGAAUUUGAUUGUUUUCAAAUUGAACUUGCCAAAAAUUAUGGACCAUCAGAAUGGAGAGAAGAUAUAAAGCGGAUCUUGAUGAAAGCAGGAAUACAAUACCAACAGAUCACCUUCCUUUUUGUGGACACACAGAUCAAGGAGGAGUCAUUUUUAGAGGAUGUCAAUAAUAUCUUGAACUCAGGAGAUGUUCCAAAUUUAUACAGCUUUGAUGAGCAGGAGGUAAUCUUCACUGCAAUGAAACCAGUUGUAUUGGACCUUGGGCAGCAACCAACUAAAGCCAACAUGAUGGCUACAUACACAAAGCGAGUACGCAAUAAUAUUCAUACCGUACUGUGUAUGAGUCCAAUUGGGGAAGUGUUCAGGGCCCGAUUGCGCCAGUUUCCAUCUCUCGUAACAUGCAGUACGAUUGACUGGUUUAAUGAAUGGCCAACUGAAGCUCUCCAGUCUGUUGCUAAUGCCUACCUAGAGGAAAUGCCAGAGCUUGAUGCAAGUCCAGACAUUAUGAAGGCACUGGUUCAGAUGUGUGUCUCUAUUCACCAAACAGUUGCAAAAAAGUCCUUGCAGUAUAUGCGUGAGCUUUCCAGACACAAUUACAUCACACCUAAGAGCUACCUAGACUUGCUCGGCCUCUUCUCUGUACUGAUUGGUAUAAAGAUACAAAUGCUGACAACAGACAAAAACAGGAUGAAAGGUGGUCUAGACAAGCUGUUGCGCACCGCAGAAGAUGUGGCUAAAAUGCAGGAAGAGUUGGAAUCAAUGAGACCCCUUCUAGAGGAGGCAGCACAUGAUACUGCAACAACUAUGGAAAAAAUAAAGGCUGAUACUACCAUUGCAGAGGAGACCCGCAAGGCUGUUAGUGAAGAGGAAGCAAAGGCCUCAGAAAAGGCAAAUAUAGCCCAAGCAAUUGCUGAUGAUGCUCAAAAGGAUUUAGACGAGGCAUUGCCUGCUCUAGAUGCAGCUUUGGCCAGCCUAAAGUCCCUGAAUAAAAAUGAUGUAACUGAGGUACGAGGCAUGCAACGCCCACCCCUUGGCGUGAAGUUGGUGAUGGAAGCAGUGUGUAUUAUGAAGGGAAUUAAACCAAAAAAAAUCGCAGGAGAAAGACCAGGGACUAAAAUUGAUGACUAUUGGGAACCAGGAAAAGGACUUUUACAGGAUCCAGCCAAAUUCCUGGACAGCUUGUUUAAAUAUGACAAGGACAAUAUUCCCGAUUCUAUAAUCAAAGCAAUCCAACCAUACAUUGACAGUGAGGACUUCAUGCCUGCUUCUAUUGCUAAGAUUUCAAAAGCAUGUACUUCAAUUUGCCAGUGGGUUCGAGCCAUGUACAAAUAUCAUUUCAUCGCCAAAGCUGUGGAGCCUAAAAGGCAAGCCCUCCAUGAAGCUCAGGAAGAUCUGGCUGUGACUCAAAAGAUCCUAGAAGAAGCAAAGAGCCGUCUGGAAGAAGUGGAACUUGGGAUAGCUGCUCUUGAAUCUAAGUACAAGGACUGUGUAGCAAAGAAGGAUGAGCUGGAAAAUAAAUGUGAGCAGUGUGAGCAGAGGCUAAUCAGAGCUGACAAGCUAUUAAAUGGACUGUCAGAUGAGAAAAUUCGGUGGCAAGAGACUGUCCAGAAUCUGGACCAAAUGAUCAAUAACAUAGCAGGGGAUGUGCUACUAGCAGGAGGGUACGUGGCUUAUCUGGGACCUUUCACGGGAGAAUAUCGUGCAGCAAUGAAUGAUGAAUGGCUGAAAAAGCUUCUUGCACUUGGUGUUCCACACACAAAAGAAUGCACUCUGACUUCAACGUUAGGGGAUCCUGUGAACAUAAGGACCUGGCAGAUUGCAGGUCUUCCCAAAGAUGCACUAUCAGUUGAGAAUGGAAUAAUUGCACGGUAUACUCAACGAUGGCCUUUGUUUAUUGAUCCACAAGGUCAAGCAAAUAAAUGGAUAAAAAAUUUGGAAAGAGACAACGGAUUAGAUAUUUUCAAGAUGUCUGACCGUGACUUUCUGCGGAGUCUGGAGAAUGCCAUACGUUUUGGGAAGCCUUGCCUUUUGGAGAAUGUGAGGGAGGAACUGGAUCCAGCCCUGGAGCCCAUACUGUUGAAAUUGACCUUUAAGCAACAAGGGAGUACAGUUAUAAAACUGGGAGAUGCGGUUAUCCCUUAUCAUGAAGAUUUUAAAAUGUAUAUCACCACCAAGCUGCCCAAUCCUCACUACACUCCUGAGAUAUCAACGAGGGUCACUCUCAUUAAUUUCACACUAUCUCCAAGUGGUCUGGAGGAUCAGCUCCUGGGUCGUGUUGUGGCACAGGAGCGUCCAGAUCUAGAGGACGCGAAGAAUCAGCUGAUCGUCAGCAAUGCUAAAAUGAGGAGCGAGCUUAAGGAGAUAGAGGAUCAGAUACUUUUACGCCUGAGCACCUCUGAGGGCAAUCCUGUAGAUGAUGUGGAAUUAAUCAAAGUUCUUGAGGCUUCUAAAGUUAAAGCAGGAGAAAUCAAGAUGAAAGUGACAAUAGCAGAACAAACAGAGAAGGAUAUUGAUAUCACUCGGCUCCAAUAUGUUCCUGUUGCUGUCAGGACACAGAUCCUGUUUUUCUGUGUUUCUGAUUUAUCCAAUGUGGACCCAAUGUAUCAGUAUUCUUUGGAAUGGUUCCUCAGCAUCUUCAUGGCAGGCAUUGCAAAUUCUGAGCGAGCAGAUACUGUGGAGAAGAGGAUACAACUUAUCAAUAAUUACUUCACCUACAGCCUGUACCUCAAUGUCUGCAGGAGCCUAUUUGAGAAGCACAAGCUCAUGUUUGCUUUCCUGGUGUGCGUGAGGAUCAUGAUGAAUGAUGACAGGAUUGACAUGGAUGAAUGGCAUUACCUGCUCUCUGGAGGAUCUAUCCACACUUUGAGCCCCAACCCAGCCCCUGACUGGCUCUCAGAUAGAGCAUGGAGAGACAUCCAGAGUCUUACUAGCCUUCAGAGCUUCUCCAAGUUUAUAGAGGAUUUUGUUGACAAUCUGGAAGGUUUCCAAAUAAUCUUUGACAGUCCGGAGCCUCACAGACAACCUUUCCCAGGGAAUUUGGAUGCUCAAAUAAAUCCAUUUCAGAAACUACUUGUAAUGCGUUGUCUUCGAGUGGACAAAGUCACCAAUGCCAUGCAGGACUUCGUGUCACUGAACCUUGGGCAAAAAUUCAUUGAGCCUCAGACCUCAGAUCUGUCCGCAGUUUUUAAAGACUCAUCUCCCAGCAUUCCGUUGAUAUUUGUGCUGUCCCCAGGCACAGACCCUGCAGCUGACCUGUAUAAGUUUGCAGAAGAGAUGAAGUUUUCAAAAAAAAUGAGUGCCAUCUCAUUAGGACAGGGGCAGGGGCCAAGGGCAGAAGCCAUGAUGCACAAUGCGAUGGAACGUGGAAAAUGGGUGUUCUUUCAAAACUGUCAUCUGGCUCCUAGCUGGAUGCCUUCUCUGGAGAGACUUAUUGAAACAGUGGAUCCCGACAAGGUUCAUCGUGAUUUCAGGAUUUGGUUGACUAGUUUGCCAAGCAAUACAUUUCCAGUUUCAAUUCUUCAAAAUGGCUCCAAGAUGACGAUUGAACCACCACGAGGCAUAAAAGCAAAUCUCAUGAAAACAUACAUGAAUUUUUCUGAUGACUUCCUAAACUCUUGUUCUAAGGUUUCAGAUUUUAAGUCCCUCCUGUUUUCUUUAUGCCUGUUCCAUGGAAUUAUCAUUGAACGUAGAAAGUUUGGGCCCCUUGGAUUCAAUAUUCCAUAUGAGUUUACAGAUGGGGACCUACGAAUCUGUAUCAGCCAACUGAAGAUGUUCCUGGAAGAAUAUACUGAAUUACCCUUCAAGGUACUAAAAUAUACAGCUGGAGAGAUUAAUUACGGAGGUCGUGUGACAGAUGACUGGGACAGACGAUGUAUAAUGAACAUUUUGGAGGAUUUUUAUAAUGCAGAUGUUCUAGAAGAAGAUCAUUUUUACUCAGAGUCUGGGAUCUACGUGCAGAUUAACACUGAAACUGAACUAGAAGGCUACCUGGAAUACAUUAAGCGUCUCCCAAUUAAUGACACCCCAGAAAUAUUUGGACUACAUGACAACGCAAAUAUCACAUUUGCCCAGAAUGAAACUUUUGCCUUAUUAAAUUGCCUCAUCAUACUUCAGCCUAAAACAUCAGCUGCUGGGGGCAAAGGAGUUGAAGAGAUAGUAGAGGAAAUAUGUGGGAAUAUCCUGGGAAAAAUUCCCAGUCUGAUCGACAUGAAGGCAGUGAUAGAGAAGUUUCCAGUGCGGUAUGAGGAAUCCAUGAAUACGGUCUUGGUUCAAGAAGUUAUCAGGUACAAUCGACUGUUGGAAACAAUUGUGCAAAGUCUUAAUGACCUGGUGAAAGCACUAAAGGGUCUCGUUGUUAUGUCCCUGCAACUGGAAUUGAUGGCAGAUAGUUUGUAUAACAAUACUGUCCCAGAACUCUGGAAUGCCAAGGCGUACCCUUCACUUAAACCCUUGGCUUCCUGGGUCGAAGAUCUUCUUCAGAGAAUUGACUUUCUGCAGAAGUGGAUCACCAAUGGCAUUCCAGCCGCCUUCUGGAUCAGCGGAUUUUUCUUCCCACAGGCAUUUCUAACAGGAACCCUUCAGAAUUUUGCAAGACAAUCCAUUAUCUCUAUUGACUUAAUAUCAUUUGCCUUUACGAUAAUUGAAAAUGAACCACAUGAGUUGAUGCGUCCCAGAAUUGGAUGCUACAUCUAUGGUCUUUUUUUGGAGGGAGCCCGCUGGGAAGGUACUUCAGCCCAGCUGAGUGAAUCUCGACCCAAAGAACUUUACACAAAUAUGGCCGUGAUCUGGUUAAUCCCAACUGCAAAUCGAAAACCACCACAGGGAGGAAUUUAUAACUGUCCAAUAUACAAGACACUCAAACGUGCAGGUACUCUGUCAACAACUGGCCAUUCCACCAAUUAUGUCAUAGCUGUGGAAAUCCCAACCUCCAAACCACAAAGACACUGGAUUAAACAAGGGGUGGCACUAAUCUGUGCACUGGAUUAUUAAGAAGUAGCGUCAGAAGCUAGCUUUGUCAGCUUUUACUGCAGAUAUAGAAUUAAA